CAGAAAAGAUAUAUAAGGACUGAGUUCCCUUUUCCAAGACAUCCUGCUACCUGCUACUUCAUCUGAUCAUCACUACAAGAUGGCAUCAGUUCUUCAUUUCAUUGGGCUCCUCUGUUUGACCAGUGGGCUGUGGAUUGGAGCAAAUGGGCAAAGUGGACAAGGUAACUGCCCUGCGACCUGCCCUCCUGGUUGGACUCAGUUUGGCAGUCGCUGUUUCCUGUUCCAGUUCAGUGAUGUGGACUGGGCUACUGCAGAGCGUUUCUGCACUUCUAUUGGUGGGAAUCUGGCCUCCAUUCAAACCCCAGAGGAGUACGCCUUCAUCAGAGAUCUGAUUUUCAGAUCGACUAACACACAUAAAGGAACUUGGGUCGGAGGCUACGAUGCAGUGAAGGAGGGUGUGUGGCUGUGGAGUGAUGGUUCCAAGUGGGACUUCAAAAGCUGGGCUCCAGGGGAACCCAACAACGUUGGCGGAAAUGAAAACUGCAUGUACAUUAACGCGGGAGGAAGAGAUUAUGUCAACGACGUAAUCUGUACCAACCUGAAUUCUGUUCUUUGUGCCAAACGCCUGUAAAGAUCUUCAUCAUGUGGCGACACAUCUGGCAUCUGGCAUGAGGAUGUCGCUCCCCCGCUGAUGAUGGUUUUUCCACCAGGAUCUCAAGCCUCGAUGACAUCACUGCUGGAUAACCAAUUAACAGUUCUGAUUUAAAUUUCAGUUGAUUCAAUAAACACAUAUAUCCUGUUCAGCAA